UUUUUGAAACUCGAGUUAGCUCUAUGCCUUCGGCGCGGCCCCUCGCCGGCGACGCCGCCGCCGCGGCCUCACACUGUCAGAACCACACGGCUUCUCGCACCACGUGCUACACCUACCCGUUCUCCAGUCUCCACUCGAGCCCACCCACCUGAAGCUCCAAGCCCAAAGCAAGCAAGCUCCGCAACCACCCUCUGCUCCUCUACGGGUCUCCGCUCCCUUCUCCUCUCCUAGGGUUAGCAAGCUUGGUCUCGUAGGCCUUCGCGCGCGACUGCGCCCGCCCGCUGCCCGCACCGGCACCGAGAUGGCAGCCGCCGCUGCGGCGGCGCGGCCGGUGCCCCUCCGCCGCCCAGGCGCUCUCCUCCGCUCUCCGGGGCCCUGCAGCCUGCUCGCCUCCCGCGUCGCGGCGCCGUUCCCCCGCCGCACAGAUUCCCUGAAGAUAAAUCAACUCCGGCUAGCAGCUGCACGAUUUUCAAAAGAGAGCAACUCUGAUGAGGACGAUGAUCUCCUUUCUGAACUCAGGGAUAAGUGGGAUGCCAUAGAGAACAAGUCCUCUCUUCUCUUGUAUGGUGGUGGAGCAGUCCUUGCUGUCUGGAUAUCCUUGGUUGUGGUCAGAGCUCUCGACUCUGUCCCAUUGCUCCCGGGCUUAUUGGAGCUAGUUGGGCUCAGCUACUCGGGAUGGUUUGUAUACCGGUACCUGCUCUUUCAGGAAAACCGGAAAGAAUUGGCCGAUAACCUCGAUGAUCUAAAGAAAAGGAUCACUGGUGAUGAAUAGCUGUAUUCUUGCUUUGGGACCUUGUAGGCUUCUAUUCUUAAUGCCAGUCAAUUUAGAUAUGAUCCAGAAAUAUUCAGAGCUAUUGAGGUAUGGCAUCCCACGCCUCCCGUGCAAUCUACAGUUCAGCAUGGUGUUUUGCUGAAUCUUCUGAUUCCUGAAGACGCAUCUCUACAUUUUCAAGCCGCGCUGAAAUUCUUGUGAUUCCCUCAUGCAAGCUGUGGUUCCUCUCACGAAUUCCCCGUGCUGCCCGGAGUAGGAAAUUAGCCGCCGGAACGUACAAUUGUAUUGUAAGGUGUAAAGUCAUCUGAAUUAAACCAGAAGCACUCUGUUCUCCCACUUGGUCAGAGAUGACGCACCUUAUAUUGCUAAUCGAGUGAUUAAUUUACACGCCCUGUAUCUGUAUCUGAAACA